UAUUUACACAUCAUGGGCAUGAAUAUACACAUUAUAUAAGAUGAAGGAGGAAGUGGGAUGGACGAGGGCGCCUCGGAGGCAGGGAGCACCGUGGAGGGGCCUCACGGAAGGGGGGUGGACCCUGGGACCAGGAGCCAGGGCCCCGGGGCCCUCUCGCCGCUUCUUUCCGCUGCCUCGUUUACAGAUGAAGAACAGGCCCGAGGACACGCAGCUGGUAGCGGUCAGCAGUCAGAUGAGUUUAUUUCCGCUGGAUUGAAGAGGAGCUGAGCUUCAGACCUGGGCAUGUGGAGGCCAGGGCGGUCCUGGAACCAGCAAGCGGAUGGGCGGCCCCCUCUCCAGGGAGCCGCUGUCAGGAUGAGUCAGCGCCAGGGCCUUGCCCUCGACUCGAUCAGGGGCCGGGGGUCCGGGCGGCCUCAGGGGCCGUGCUCACCUUGCCUGGGCUUCAGCAGAGCAUUCUCUGGAGACAGCCAGGUGCCAGCCCCGGAGAAGGGGGAGGAUUCCAGGUUGGCGUAGGGGGGCUGUCCCCCAACCUGGACCUCGCCGUCUCAGGGGUGUGCCCCCGGCCCCCACCAUCCAGCCCGGGCGCCCAGUCCAGACCCUGCCAACGUGCCCUUCUGCUGUUCUGAACACCGCCCCUUCUGUAGGUCUCAUUUGGGAUCUUGCAACUUCUCGCCCGCCUCACUGGGAGCUGUGGCUUUCAGCCUGGACUUCAGUGAGACUGAGCCCGCUGCUGAGCGCGUCUCAGAAACAGGCCUCUGUGCUCAGCCCCUUGGGCUCUGCCACCUGCACAGCCUGGCCCAGCCCCGGGGCCUCAGCCACCCCCUCACCUCCUGCCGGCAUCCGUCGUGUGGGGACACAUGACUUUGUUCCCUGCCUCUGUGCCUUUGUUUUGCUGUUCCAUGCCCCCUGCUGUUCCUUGCCCAAACACUGCCCACUCAGCUCAGACGCCCUUUCCCUCCCAUGGGCCCCUCCUCUGAAUCCCUGGAGCAUCCUGUGCGUAUUCCAGUCACUCCAGCUUUCCUAUUUGGGGGGGAAACGUUCUGUUUAUGCCAUCAUUCAUUUAUUGAGCACCUACUACGAGCCAGACACCGUUCUAGGUGCUGAGAAUACAACAGUGAACAGAUCGGUUUCUGGCGGGAGGGUGACAGGUGGCGAACAACAUAAGUAGACAAAUGGCAUGUCAGAGGGCGGUACAGGCUCUAGAGGAAAAGGAGCAGGAGAAAGAGGACGGAGAGUGGUGGUGAGAUUGGGGGGCAGAGCCAUGUGGGUGGCUUCACUGGGCAGGGCAUUCCAGGUGGGGGAGGGGGAGGGCAGGAUCGCUUCCUGUAGGGAAGCAAGGACCCUGAACCUGGCUGGUGGGCGAGGGUAGCAGGAAGUGCCCAGUGGGAGGAGGCCCAGAGGCUGUGGCAGCAGGGAGGUGUGAGAAGUGGCCAGAUGUGUUUUCACACCCGCCUCCUUCCCCGUGGAGCAGACGCCCCACAAACACCGGGACUUAGCAGAGUCCUGCCCCAGCAGCUCUGGCUUCCCGGGCGCUUCCAAGCAGCUGGUCCCGAUUCGUGGCCCCCAUCACUGCUGUUGGGGAGGGCAGACAGCCCCCAGCUUUGGAGACCUCGCCUCGAUGGGGCCUGUGCAGGAGCCAUGUGCACACUCAGCGUGACCAGCGCCUGACCCGUCCUUAUGUAACCAGGGAGAUUGGGGAGGAGGCAGCUGGCAGUUGCUCUUGGGGAAUCUGGAGCCAGCCCACCGUCAGACCGAAUCAAUCAGCACCCCCACGCCCAGGGCAAACACCCGGGCUCCUUUGGACCUGAGCCCCACCCAGGCCUCCACCUGCAUUUCAGAAAAGAGCAAGAGCAGCCAGCCCACGGCCUAAUCCCCCAAACUGGGGGCAGAGGCAGGAUUAACUACCCCCAGGUUGGAAAGUUGUUUUGUUCUUGUUAUGCAAACUUCCUGGGCAGGGCCUUCCAGGGCCCAGGGGGCGGGGAGAAGGGGCCUUAAAGGCGUCCCCCCUAGGCUGGUGCCCAUCCCCGGAGCUCCAGCCACAGGAAAGUCUCUGUCCAAGGCACCAUGGGCACGAUUGGUGAGGUUGUGCAGCGGGCCAGAGCCGCCUUCCUCUCGGGCAGGACCCGCCCGCUCCAGUUCCGCAUCCAGCAGCUGGAGGGGCUGCGGCGCCUGAUCCGGGAGCGCGAGAAGGACCUCGUGGGUGCGCUGACCGCCGACCUCCACAAGAACGAAUGGAACGCUUACUACGAGGAGAUGGUGUAUGUCCUGGAGGAGAUCGAGCACGUGAUCAAGAAGCUCCCCGAGUGGGCUGCGGACGAGCCCGUGGAGAAGACCCCCCAGACCCAGCAGGAUGAGCCCUACAUCCACUCGGAGCCCCUGGGCGUGGUCCUCAUCAUUGGCGCCUGGAACUACCCCUUCAACCUCACCAUCCAGCCCAUGGUGGGCGCCAUCGCUGCAGGGAACGCCGUGGUCAUCAAGCCCUCGGAGCUGAGUGAGAACACGGAGCGCCUGCUGGCCACCCUCAUCCCUCAGUACCUGGACAAGGACCUGUACCACGUGGUCACCGGGGGCGUCCCCGAGACCACGGAGCUGCUCAAGGAGCGAUUCGACCACAUCCUGUACACGGGGAGCCCAGGCAUCGGGAAGGUCGUUAUGACGGCUGCGGCCAAGCACCUGACCCCCGUCACGCUGGAGCUGGGGGGCAAGAACCCCUGCUACGUGGACAAGGACUGCGACCUGGACGUGGCCUGCAGACGCAUCGCCUGGGGCAAGUUCAUGAACAGCGGCCAGACCUGCGUGGGCCCCGACUACAUCCUCUGUGACCCCUCGAUCCAGAACCAAAUCGUGGAGAAGCUCAAAAAGUCCCUGAAAGAGUUCUACGGGGAGGAUGCCAGGAAGUCCCGUGACUACGGAAGAAUCAUUAACUCCCGGCACUUCCAGAGGGUGAUGGGCCUGCUGGAGGGCCAGAAAGUCGCCUACGGAGGCACGGGCGACGCGGCCACCCGGUACAUAGCCCCCACCAUCCUCACGGAUGUGGACCCCCAGUCCCAGGUGAUGCAGGAGGAGAUCUUCGGGCCCCUUAUGCCCAUCGUGUGUGUGGGCAGCCUGGAGGAGGCCAUUCGGUUCAUCAACCAGCGCGAGAAGCCCCUGGCUCUCUACGUGUUCUCCCUCCAUGACAAGGUGAUUCAGAAGAUGAUCGCCGAGACCUCGAGCGGAGGCGUGACGGCCAAUGACGUCAUCGUCCACAUCACCGUGCCCUCUCUGCCCUUCGGGGGCGUGGGGAACAGCGGCAUGGGGUCCUACCACGGCAAGAAGAGCUUCGAGACCUUCUCCCACCGCCGCUCCUGCCUGGUGAGGCCUCUGCUGAACGAAGAGACCCUCAGGGCCAGGUACCCCCCCAGCCCCGCCAAGAUGCCCCGUCACUGAAGGCUGCCUGGCGCCGCUGCGCCCUCGCCCGCGCUCCAGCCUGGGAAGGUUUCGCUGCGCCCCGCCUGCUCCCUGGGCACCCUGGCCUCCCGCCCCCAACCUCCCGGUCCAGCCCCGUCGCUGUAGAGACUAGAGACAAUCAAAGUGUCCAACCUGGAACAACAAAAGUUUCCAGCCCCCGCAGACAUAGAGACAAUAAAAGGUUCCAACCUGGAA